AUGAAAGGUUAUUCGAUGAAAAGAGAAGGUGAGAUUAUUUACCGCGAUGAAAAAUUUUCAGGUGCUGAUAUGAGUCCAGUUUCAAACGAUAAAAAACAAUCAGGAAUUGCCAGAGUCUUAGGUUCAGCUUCAGCUGGUAUCUGUGAAAUUGGUGUUUUCCACCCAGUUGAUACCAUCUCCAAAAGAUUGAUGUCAAAUCAAGGAAAAAUUGGCUCAGCUAGUCAAUUAAAUUCAGUUAUCUUCAGAGAACAUGCUGAAAAAGCUUUACCAAAAAGAGUCUUCACCUUAUUUCCUGGUUUAGGUUAUGCUGCUGUUUAUAAAAUCUUACAAAGAGUUUAUAAAUACGGUGGUCAACCAUUUGCCAAUGAAUUCUUAACCUCUAAUUUUAAAGAUACUUAUGAAUCAUGGUUUGGUAAAAAGAACGGUAAAGCUUUAUUAUCUGCCACUGCCGGUUCAUUGAUUGGUAUUGGUGAAGUUGUUUUGUUACCAUUAGAUGUUUUAAAAAUUAAACGUCAAACAAACCCUGAAUCUUUCAAAGGUAGAGGUUUCUUGAAAAUCUUAAGUGAUGAAGGUUUUGGUUUAUAUAGAGGUUGGGGUUGGACUGCUGCUAGAAAUGCUCCUGGAUCAUUCGCUUUAUUCGGUGGUAAUUCUUUUGCUAAACAAUAUAUCUUCAACAUCGAUGAUAGUACUGCUGCUACUUGGUCUCAAAAUUUCGUUACUUCAAUUUUUGGUGCUAGUGCUUCAUUAAUUGUAAGUGCUCCUUUAGAUGUUAUCAAAACUAGAAUCCAAAACAAAAAUUUCGAUAACCCAGAAAGUGGUGUAACCAUCUUGAAAAAUAUGUUCAAGAAUGAAGGUAUUUCAUCUUUCUUUAAAGGGUUAACUCCUAAAUUGUUAACUACUGGUCCAAAAUUGGUUUUCAGUUUCGCUUUAGCUCAAUCUUUGAUCCCAGCUUUCGAUAAAUUAUUAAAAUAA